GCUCGGUGCUGGCUCGGCCUCAGUCCUCCGCCAACCACCGCGCUCGCCACGCGCGCCGCGCACCGCGCCCAUGGACUACGAUCGACCAAACGAACACGCAUAUCUCCACAUUUCUAACCUUUCUACUUCUCUCAAUAUCGAAACCAUAUCGGAACGAGUCGACGAAUCGCGCGAGAUUAAAUAAAAUGAUUGUUGAAGUCAGUUUAAAGAACUUUUACCGACUUUCGAACACGCAGCACACUAACGAUUGACAUAUCCUAUCCCGCCGUUGAUCCUGCUUGACAUUGUUUUCUUUCAUCACCAUGCAACUCAAAGGAACAUUUUACCAAAACCUAUUUAUACACAAGAAGCGACUGAAACUUUCUACUUGCAACCUUUGAAAACUAUACACACAAUUUAUAAAACUAUUUACACUGUUUUAUAAAUGGUUUUAGACAUUUCUUUAUCCCCUUAAACUGGUCUGAAGACCUUUAAGAAAAGUUAAUAAGUGUGACCAAAGACAUUAAACAUAAAUAAAAUAAUAGUAAUAGUGCGUGUGGAAUUAUCUAGAAUUUAAAUACUUAGUGUGUGGUUUUAUCUCAUGUGUUAAAAACAAAUUAAGUGUGCCAUUAGGAACUAGUUCUAAACUUUAAUAAUAGACUCUAGUGUGUGUCUUUGUGUGGAUUGUGUAUUAGCGUGCUAUAUACUGAAAACGGAUGAAGAUGCCUUGUAUGGGCUUGAAGCUGAAGUGGCCCGAAGACAAUUCCUAGAUCAAAGAACCUAUGGCUCAGUUACCCUCCCAUUAAACAUUCCUUCUCUCCUCUAUUUCAUAACAAAUACAGAAUACGUUUAAAACAUUCCACGGUUAUCGUCUUACUCUUCUAUAAUUUGUGAAAUCAAACCUCUACUAAGAGCGAGAAAAAACAACGUUGAGACUGUUAGAUUAAGUAAAGUGGUAGAUUGAUACGCGCGUGAACCUCUUCGGAGGGCGCGAGAGGCCGGCGCGAUGCGGUCUCACCAGGGAUGUACGUAAUAUAUCCUGCGGAAGAAGUAGUUUCCCAAUCUUACGGCACACACUCGCUGCCCAGGCCCCGGCAGCGACCCACGCUUGACGUCCUCUUCGGGCCGCCGCCGCCCGCGCCGUCCCGCGCGGACCCUCCCUUGGCCCCCAACCCCCGGCCCCCCCGCGCCGUGUCCCUCCCCAAAACGGCGCCCCCGGAGCCUGCGGACCGCGCGCCGGCCUCGCCGACGCCCUCUAUCGAGCGGCCGGCUAAGCUGCGCGAGCGCACCAAAGCGAGCAAACUGCUCAAAAAACUCGGCCGUCAUGAGGACAACGAAUUCGGAAAAAUAGUUAGAACCCCCGCUCCUGAUGAAUUCGAGCUUCCCGCCCCGCUGCCGACUCCCGCUUUCUCGCGGAAGAAUAUAUUCGACCGCGAUUUCGAUGCCUUGUUUGAAGUGGCGAAUUCGCCACAAUUCACUGCUAAGAUCCGCGUCACCACUCCAGAGCCGGAUCGCCGUUCUGAUGUGUCAGCGGUGCACUUUCCCUCCCCGUCCGAGUCUUCACUCAGCCUUCUCCCACCGCGCCCCAACUCCGCGCCUAGUCCUUCGCCGUUUUCCUUCAGAACCUCGACGCCUUCACCAUCGCCACAACGAUCGUCUUUUGAAGGUUCAAAUACAAAACCGAAGAAAGUUAGUUUCUUUCGAAGGCUGAGUCGUGCUAAGACCGAACCUGACCCGAUGCAGCCUCGCACGGUGAUGCAGCAGCAGUCCAUAGACAUGGCUCUGCGGGAGCUGACGCACCCAGCACACAACGAGCAGCUCAAAAACCAACAGCAAGUCACAUUCAAGCUAGUCAAAACAGUGGCUGACUUCACGACGCAGCUUUCGCAGAUCUACGACCGGCACUCCUCCGAGCUGCAAGUACUCGUUGCCAAUUUCCGGAAAAAGAACAGCGAGCUCAAGAAAGAGAGAGCAUCAUGUCCGUCAUCUCUCUUCCACACAUGGGAAACGCUACUGCAAGAAGUGGAAGCAGACGUGAUAGCCAACAACAACGCGGCAACAGCGCUGGAGCGCAACGUCGCCGCGCCGCUGGUUGACCGCACGUUCCAUAUGAAGGUGCAGGCCAGGAAACUGUUCGCGCACCGUGAAGGAUGCGAGGUCAUUCUGGCGAAGGCUGAUGACCAACUCACUAAGAGCCGGCAGGACUACCGCGCGGCGUUCGUGCACUACUGCAACAGCCCCAGCCCUAGCGCGUUGGCCACGUACUACGACUCCCACAACACCUACGUCCAGCAGCUGACAGCCACCAACGCCAUGCUGGACCAGUACCACAAGUACACGCUGCCUACUAUACUACAGGACCUGGAAGAAAUAUUGACAGACGUGACCGCGGCAGUCAGCGAGGCCAUUUGUAAUGAAGGGGGGAUUAUCACGGAUAAGUCGAACCAGCAGCUCCGGCGCUACGAGUCGCUCUGCGCGCAAGCGCGCGCGGUGUCGAGCACAGCGGAUCUCGCGCACCUAGCGCGCGCGCUGCUGACGUCCCAGCCUCCUGCGCGACCGCCGCGCCGCGAGUUCCUGCCGCCGUACCCGCCUGAACCUGAUGACCCGCCACUCGACGUUGCUGCGGAGGUGAUGCCACCGGUGCUACGCGGGGAGAUGCUACUAGACCGUAUGGGCGGCGGCCAGGCGCGCAUGAGCUACGAGCAGCUGCGCAAGGACGCGCAAGACCUGGAGAUGCAGAUCAAGCAACUACAGGACGGAUUGGAGGCGCUCGCGCGACUCCAGGCUCGCGGGUUGGAGACAAACAUGUACAGCAAAGUCAACGAGAUACAGGAGGACGUAUCUAUGAAAAAAUACGACUACAGGGCGACACAACUUCAUCUUGCUGCAGUAAGAGCUCAGAGAGAGCUAUUCGCAGCGAAAGCGGACAGCGGAACGGCAGCAGUCGAUCGCAAACUCUCCUCCUCAUCCGCCGGCAGUAUGAAGAACAAGUGGUUGAAGGCGUUCCGCAGUCUGAAGCCCCCAAGCGCCCCGCCGCCCCAUGCUGCGCCACCAGACAAGAGGAACGGCGCGGGCAGAGAGGCUCUCCGGGGCGACUCCGACGCACACAACUUCCAAGAAUACACCUAUAAGAAGAUAACGCCCUGCGAUGUCUGCUCGCAAGUUCUUAGAGGGCAUACGCGUCAGGGGCUCCGCUGUCGGCUGUGUAAGCUCAACGUGCACGCGGAUUGCAUGCCGCAGGUCGGCAAGUGCCAGACCAAGUCCCGCCUGCUGCGCCGGCAGAAGAGCACCUCGGAGAUCGAGUCCCACCGCGUGCAAGAGGCCGCUUUCGAUGAAGAUAAGGAGGAAGUGGAUCAGACCUACCAAGUUCUGAAGCGAGCCAACGAAAUCGCGAAGCCGGGCGGCGGGGGCCCGGUAGUGCGCGUGUCGGCGGCGCCCGAGGAGGCGCCCGCGCGCUCGCCGGCGCGGCCUGCCGUGGGCCUGGCCGGGCUGGCCGUGGCGCCGCAGCCCGUCGCCUCCAGCUCAGCGCCGCACUCGCCGAGACGUCAAAAGUUGAACCUUAGAAUGAAGAGCCUGUCCCUGGAUUCUCCGGAGUGCGGUGAACUGCGGCGGCGACCCGGGAGAGAUCAGCCCUCGCAAAGCAGCCGCGUCCUCUGUUCGAGCAGGGCACUAUGCACGAGGCAUGGCUUUACUAAGAUUAAUAAGCAUAUGAUACAUAACUAUACCACACGAUCGUCUCCAUCAUCGCCGGUGCAUAGCAGGCGGCUGCUGAGCGCUCGCGGGGGAAGGAUGAGCAGCGUGGAAUUGCCGGAUGAGCCUGACAAAAGCCUUUCGUCGAACAGCGCGAGCCCUUGCCCGUCGCCAGUCAAACAGACUAGUAAGCAUCAGCGCCUCCUGCCAACCAACCUCUACGUGAUCCUCUACAACUUCAAGUCCCGGCACGCCGACGAGCUCGACCUCAAGGCGGGAUACAAGGUCACGGUCAUCGACACCUCGGACCCGGACUGGUGGAAGGGCAAGUGCCUGGGCAAGAUCGGAUACUUCCCCUCCAAAUAUUGCACGAAGCUGCAGGCUGGGGAGCGGCCGCUGCAAGUUACGCAUAAUUUACAGGUAUCCGACGGCGAUAACGGCCUAAUGCUCCUGCGCGACCAGAUCGUGAUCCAAGUGGGCGACGAGGUUGACGGCAUGGUCAUGAUCCGAUCGGGGGACAACCGCCAGGGCGUGUGUCCCAUCAAGUUCCUACAAGAGGUGUGACGCUUCAGAAGAUCAAACUACGAUUUCAUGACAAAACGCGGAUCAUUCACCGAAGAAACUCAUACGCUCUACGUUCCGAAACCUAUACAAAGUGCUCCCGUCACCCCCUGCGACAGCGAAACCUCCACCUGGUCUGACCGAGCCUCAUCCAGUCGAGAGAGACAGUACUAUGAACUACCCUCCACCUCAGACACGCGUUAUGAGGUCCCAAGCUCCACCGUCCGCUAUGAUGGCCCGACCACCGCCCGGUACGAAGGCCCAUCCACUUCCGAUAAGCGGUACGAGGAAAGACCUUCAACUUCUGAUAAAGCACGUUACGAAGAAUCUAUGGAAGGUUAUUGGUGGUGGCGCAGGCCUCUAGGCGUGAGACGUGCUCAAUGCCGAAGAUGCGGAGCUUCCUCAUCUACUAGACCUUUAAAGAUGAAACCAUGUGCUGGCACGGCUCAGGAACAAGACGACCUCGACUGGGAUGGCAACCGUCCUCUUAUGUCACGCGAACGCCCUCUACUUUUCUUUAGGCAACUCUUUAUUUAAAGCGACCCCUCUGUCCGAAACGUUUACGAAUUAAUCUUAAUCGCAUAGCAACCUUAUAUAAACUAAGGCUGCUUUUUUUGGAAAGUUUUAUGAUAUGAUAUAACGUUUACGGAAUUGGGGUCAGCGUACUGUAAGCUAGGAAUUAGGCGGUGCGCUUGAAGGGUUUCUCAAUGCGAUUGGCGUAAUUCUCAUUAGUGCUAUAGGACUAAGACUAUCGUGGACUAAGACUUUUUGUACGAGUUUAAACUCUAAGGCUGCCGUAGUUCUAUGGAACAAAUGGAAAGUACCGGAAUUUAAGCGGAAGGUAAAAAAAAAGUGAUAUCAGAUUGCAAAAUGUGCAGACAGACAGUUAUUAGUUUUAAUUGAGUAGCAUACAUUAUUUGUUAAAGACAUACACGUUAGAUUAGAAAUAGGAUAAAAUACGGCAUCAAAAGAUUUAGUUAUAUUUAGUUACACUGUGCAAAUAGAUCUCUUAAUUGAGGGAUAACCUCUUAGCUUACUUACACACAUUUGGCAAAAUUAGAUGAUUUUCGCAUUUGCGACCUAAGUACUAAUUUAUUUGCGAGAUACAUUCCUUCCAAUACAGUGUUAUUUUAUACCUGUCUUAUACAUUUACCAACUCGUAUUUUUAUAUUUACACCUAAAGGGAGAUGAUAUACUUAUGCGUGAUUAUAUUUAAUUAAGUACUUACUUUCGUAACAUAUCAUUUUAAAAAUUAUUAUAGUUACUUAUGUAUUGUGAUAACCUAAGGUGUUAUUAGUUGUAAAGUUAAGCUUAAUUCAAAAUAAUACUUUUUUGUUGCUUUACGAGUUUUGUAAAAUAUAAAUAUAUAAUUAUAGCAUUUAUUAUGAAUUAAGGGAUGGAGAUGAAUUAUAACGAACAUCUAAAUCUACAUAUUUUAAUGUAAUAUGAAUCCGGGCCCAUUUAUAAACCUAUAUAUAUACUUUAAUAUAUAUUUUAUAUCAACCAAGUUUACUCUACUUCACCGUAGCUUAAUUUAAUGGGUUAUUAUUAUGAUAAGCAGCUUAAAAACAGUUACUUAUACCCAACGUAUCAUAAUAUUUGCAAAUUACGUUUGCAAACUCAAAUUUGAUAUAAAAAUAAGUCUAUAUAUUCCGGAGCUAAUAAAGCUGUCUUUCAAGAACAGUCCAUAGAUAUAUUAAAGUAAUGUAAUAUACAGGGUGCUUCCUGUAACAGGAGCAAUAAAUUAAACUAAAGGCUGUACUCCUCAAACUGACCAGUAUUUGUUCAGCAACUUUUAAAAAUUAUGAAUCCUUAGACUUCCUCUUUUUCAUACAAAAUAAAUAUUGCCUUCAAUGUAGGUACUCUGACAUCAGUGUGUUUGACGUUACUUGUGACGCUUUUAACAUAACAAAAGCGUCUUAGAAUAAACUUUAAAGUGUAAUAAAAAUCAAACCAUGAGUUAUUUUCAAAAGUUGCUGAACAAAUGUUGGUCAGUUUGAGGAGUAAAGCCUACAGUUUAAUGUAUUGCUCCUGUUACAGAAAACAUACGUAUUAUAACUUGUUCCGUUUUGUAACGUUGGGAUGUAUUCAUUUGUGGCUGUUUGACCCGGGCGGCAAUACCGAUAAGCAAAUUGUGAGUAAGAUGCAAAGAGACAACACGAAUUUUGAAGUAAACUCGUAUCCUACUAACGGGUUGGCUUAAAGUAAUGAGAAUUUUCGUUUUCGGAAAUAUAAAAAAAAAGACAAUAGCUGUGGGUUUUCGAAAUUUUACAGUGACAAACAAGAGCAUAUUUUAAAUUACAAGAAAACAUUAUAUAUACUAUAACAUCUCCCACAUCCGAUUUCUCAUAACUGUGUUCAAACCCUCUGCGUCAUGCUUUGGACAACGUUUUAUUUACAUUCCAUAACUGUUUUAUUGCCGUUAAUUUUAAUUAUUUCGGCAUAUUAGCUUGUUAUCUAUAUCAUGCCAUCAUUCACAAUUGCUAACUGAUUAACAUUUUCAUGAAAUCUGCAACUGAUUGAUAUUUAGAGAAAAUUGUUUAUGUAUCAUAUUUUGGUAAAAUGUAUGCAAUGACGUUUUUAACUGGUUUUAGGCUCUCGCGGAAAAACGACUAAACGUUUCCAACCCUAGAAUAUCCCCAAGACUUAAAUCAAUCGAAGAAUUUUGGCAAAUAUUAUAUACUCUGAUAUGUAUAUUGCGAUAGUAGGCAAAAAUAUUAUAGAAUAAAAUAAAUUUUACCGUGUAAUUACAAAACGAUCAGUCAGAGAGUACUUGGUAGUUUGUCCAAAGUGAAAAGCAAACGGUCAGAAGCAUGUUACGUAAACUAACACAAGGGAGGCCAAUUACUUCAUUCUUGAAUUUGGUUCUAAUGUUGGAUAUUGCAUAGUUCUUCAAUAUAACAUCCAGAAAUCCAUGGCCAUUGUCUUUUUGUCUUUAUGUCCGAAAACAAAAUUUCUCAUUACUUUAAGCCAACCCGUUAUCCUACGUAUCAAACUACGUACCUAUCCAAGAUUUCAAAACAACUUGAAUAAAAGCUUUAUACUUAUCUUCGAAAUCAACGCGCAAUGGAUCAAUUUAUCCUGUAAAUCAAAUUAAAUAUAACUCGCAUCUCGACUUGUUUUUCCACAUUGGACUGAUGAUAAUUGUUGUUGAAACUUUGAAAUUGGUUAUUCGAAAAUAACAAAACCAAAUAUGUAAUAUUUCAUAAUAUAUUCAGUUAAGUAAAUACGAUUUACUUAAAUAACGAUUAUCGGUUACCGAUUACGGAUUCUAUCUGAAAAAUAAAAUAGUCUUUAAAAAAUCUUGACAAAAUCUCAACAGAACGUUUCACGUUAGUUACGCUCUCGGUUGGACGACAUUCUUGAACAUUAGCCAAAAUGGUGCAUCAUACAAUGUUGCUGAUUUAAUUCUAGUGGAAAACAGAGGAGGACUGGAUAUUAUGAUGCUGCGGGUUUGCUUAUAAAAUUAUGUUCUCAAUAAAAUUCGCAGGGACGUUGUACAUAUGUGCAUAGCAAGAGAAGUCUUGCUAUGCACAUAUGUAUUUUCUAGAGAUUUAAGGCUUAUUACCAAAAUGAGCGAUUAGCAACGAAAGUUUAUAUAAUGAGGUAAAGAGUUUAACAGGAAUGUAUAUGUAUUUUAAAGCGUGAACCGUACAAAGUUCUUUAUAUACUUAUUAUACUUAUGUCCUUAGUUCGAUAGCAUCUAACUUCAAUACUAAGACAAAAUGGGUCAAUAAUGUCAAUAUCAGAAACAAUUUAUUGACUGAUAUUGAAAGCCCGAGUCAACUGGUUUUAUAAUAACAGUCAAACAAGCUAGGCUUUAUACAUAGGUAAUUAUAGAACUUAAUGUGAUCCUUAGGUCCCAUUGCUGCGGUUUUGCUUAUGAAAUCGGUAUAUUUAUUAGUUUUAGUUUAGUGGGUGAACUGCACCAAGUAGCCGGAGCACUAGAUAGGCCUUCGCCCAACUUUAAAUGGGUAUGUUGGAAUUAAAAUAAUUUAGAUUACCUUCUCGGUUUGCGUGGUUUGAUGUGGUUGACUGAGUCAUGUCUAGGUAGAUUUGGCAGAACGGUUUUUUUCGAACAUUUUGUUGUGUUGUGCCCCACUUGUACCUAUGUAACGACAGGUCCUCAGCGCCUUUCUACAAGGUUUGAAAAACUCUUUAAUUUACGGUAAAGUUAUUAAAACGUGAAGGAUUAGUUCCCUAAUGUUAAGCAAUGAAGUAGAACGAUUUAUUAAGAGAGCUAUAAACUAAAGGUUUUUUUUCUUCUUCAAGGAACAUGGCUUUGUGUGUAAUUGUGUAUGUGGUGUCUGGCUUCUAUGUGGUGCCACUAACCACCACUUAUAGUGGUACCAUACGUUUCUUAGUCGCCCAUACUAUAAGUAAACUAUUGCGUUCCUAAAAUGUGGUAGCAUUUAUGUUGUUUUUUUCUAGCAACUUGACUAUGUAGAACUCUCUAUAGUUAUGCAACGUAUAAGUAAAUCGAUAAACAAGUUAGUUACAUAUUAAUAUUAGUAAUAUACUUUACUUGUCGCCUAAAAUAAUGCUUUGUUCAACUAAACUAAAAAUCAUAAUAAGAUUCCAAAAAAUGUUGCCACUUUUUACUAGCGCGUCUUGUAUUUAUGAAAAAACAGGUAAAAAUAACUAAGUAAAAGUACUUUUAUAAAUAAUAGGAGUAGAAUUACCAAUAAAUAAAUUAUCUUAGCGUGUUUAUUUAUAAAAAGGAAUUUACUAUUUUACAAACAAAUUAUUGCAGUCUUACUUUUUUUGGAAUCUAAUUACGAUUUUCAGUUUAGGGAGGUAUUGGGUACCUAUCGUGUUUCGGUAUUAAUUUAAGGUGAACAAGUUCUAUCAUUAUGGCGUUGGCAUUUAUUAACAGUAACUAAAAUAUGCUCAAGAGUAAGAGUAAUAUCCAAAUCAAUGCCAUCUAACCGCCUUAACAUAAGUCAAGCGCCUUGCAUUAAAAAUUAACGUAGGUAAUUUCGAAAAUUCCAACCUAAGGCGGCGCACAUUUCUCCUUUUUUUCCUUUGUAGACAUUUGUCCUUUCACUAAAAUCAUUUUGAGCUCAAUACAAUCUUCAAUAUUCCUUCCUAAUAUUAAAUAAAUAUACCUAAGUACUGAUUUGAAAGUAUUUCGACUUAUCCGCACAAAUCCUUCUUAAGCCUUCAGGAAACUAGUUAACUUCGAGGUUCUCUAACUCAGGCCCUUAAUACUAAUCCAUAAAAGUUAUCGUAAAAUAUUUUAUUUAAUACGAACCGUCCCCCAAUGUAUUACAAGUUAAAAUAAGUGUAACAUAUACAAGUAGGACGUUAACCGGAGUAUGAUAGAGCACGUAACGUAAGGGUUAUGAAAAUUAUUUACACGUACGAUAAACGUAUUUAGUUAGAUAGAAAACGUAUGAAUGUGAUACCUAAGAAGUUCCCAAUGACAUGAAUGAUAUCUUGAAUCCCUUACCCUUGAUAAUUUUGCAAACAUUUCAAAUACACACACCCAACAUGUACACUGGCGCUCAAAAGUACAUGGAGAUGUUUCAACCGUAAUAUUAAGGCUUUAUACGGUCGACAUCUAUCCAUGCACUUUUGAACGCCUCUGCGCAGCAAUAGUUUUAGCUUAGCACCUCUGCGUUCAAAAAUAUGUAUGCAAGGGUGCCGAAUUAUAAGCUACUAUUACGGAAAAGCGGUGCUUCUUUAUACAAGUAUCUCUAUUAGUUAUAUUACUUAAAAAGAGGCAUCGGCACAGAUGUGGAAAGUUUACUUGUAAUAGGUUACGAAAUAAAUAUUUUUCAUUUUCAAAUGUAGCAAAAGAGGCAAGUACAAACAUUAAAAACUCGUCAUUGCAUUGACUUCGUAUGGCUUGGGUACUUUUCACUGUUGUCCGUUUUACUUUUUUGAUCUAAGGUUUUAAGUUUGAUAACAUGACUAAAUUUAUUUGACACUUGUAAUGGAUUAAAGAUAUCUGUCGUCUAUGUACCUAUCACUUAUUUAUACAUACACUUAGAGAAUGCCUAUGGAUGUGUUGAAAGGAUAUAAUAUAUUAUAUUUAUGAAAUAAAUAUGAGAUGAAAAUAAAUAUAUCUACCCAUGAUUCAAAAUCAUUAUUGCCUAAACCUUCCUGUAUUUUUCUGUGAAAUAGAAUAAAAAAUAUCAAAUUACAUGUUAAUAAGAUUACUACCUAAAUUUUACUUAAGUAUUUAAUAAAUCAUGUCCACUAUGUUGUUUAAUUCUAAUUUAAAUAAUGUUUUUGUUAUAACUUACGAUUUUUGGAAUAAACUAACGGAACCAAAUUAUUACCAAAAAUACCUAUUUAUGUAUUUACGAGUAUUAUUAGUUUAGGUAUAGUAUAGUUAUUAAGAAUCCCAAGUGAGAUGUUUAUUAUAUACAUUAUAAUAAAGAAUAGUAUAUGAAUGUGAUGAUUACUUUAAAACUGGCCUUUCUCUCACUAAAGUUCAUUUAAAUAUAUGGAAGUUUAAAUUUAAAAGCCUACCUACAUUUUUAGUUAUUAUUGAAAACAUUGUAAAAGUGUUAUAAACAUUAAACAUACGAUGAGGUAACCUAAAUGUGUGAGAAUAAAAUACCAAUCCUGACAUUUUUUCAUGAAAAUAAUAAAGUAACUUGAAAUUAUCCUUGUACCAACCUCCAUACAAAAUACCCAAAGUUAUUGUUGUAUUUUCAAUUGGGUUGAAUUUCUCUUGUUCGAAAAUUUUACGAGACAAAUGAAAUGCUACCUACUUUGUUUUUAAUUAAGGUUCACAUUCCAUCGAAACUGAGUGUACACUCUAAUGUACAUUGGGCGGCACGAGGAUAAAUUAAAAAUGCUGAAUGGUCCACUACUUAUCAUGCUCAGAAAUAUUUUACUGAACUGUGCUUGAGCCUCCGGGUCUAAGUCGCACGGACGGCAAGCGGCCUGAUGGCCUAACCUUAGUGCCGUGGGAGAGAGGGCGGUGCCUGGUCUGGGACGCUACGUGCGUCAGCACCUUCGCCGCCUCUCAUAUCAGUCGCACGGCACGCGCGGCCGGAGCGGCGGCCGAGUCUCAGGCGGCGGUGAAGCGCCAAAAGUAUGUUCCCUUGGGCUCGGGUUAUAUUUUCGUCCCUUUUGCGGUGGAAACGGCGGGCUGCUGGGGUGCUGACGCGAAACAAUUUGUGCGUGACAUAGGCCGUCGACUCAGGCAAAAGGGAGAGGAUCCCCGCUCCGAAUCAUUUCUGGUGCAGAGGCUGUCCAUAGCCAUUCAGCGGGGUAAUGCCGUGAGUGUUAUGGGCACUUUUGCACCGGAAGCGAUAAGGAACGGGUUUUGACGGAUAGUUACUUUCGUAAUUAUUUAAGAUGUAUUUUGUAUUGUGUCCAAUUUGUACAUAAAUAAUAAAUGUUAUUGGUUUUACUGAAUCUUUGGUCGGAGAAAGGUCUUAAAACGAAUUAUUCAAUGAGCUAUUAUUAUAACUUAGUUAACUAAACGCCACUUGCACCAUCCGACUAACCCGGGGUUAACCUGUUAAACCUAACCCAGUGUCGAAUUGUGCUGGUAUCUAUGGCAACUUCAGGUUUAACCGGUUAUCCUCGGGUUAGUGAAUGGUCCAAGUGGCCCUUACACUGUUAGGUUAGGUGCUUUAAUCCGUUCGUUUUUUAAAUCUUUAUUAGGUUGCUAAUUAGCAAUAAAAAUUGUUUGCCUUCCGGAAAAUAGAAAAAUGUAUACAUUAUUUACAUUGUGUAUUUAUUAUCAAAAUUAUAUGUAGUGAACAAAACAGAACAGAUUAAAGCCCUUUCUAAAGAGGUUACAUACAUAUGUAUCCAUUUUCAGGACACUUUUUGCUAAGAGGGACAGAGAAAGGUAAAAAGUACAUAAUGUUUCCCUGUUUCUCUUAGCAGCAAGGUAGGAGAAAGUGUCCGGCAAAAACAUAAAUUUAAUAACCCCUUAACUUGACAGUGACGGGGCCCCAUGAUUAGGUACCUGGGGUCCUAGCCAAGAAUCUUGAAUAAUGUAUGGAAAUAGUUACUGUCGUGGCAUCUGUCAUCCAAAUAUAUUUUAUCUUUUCUUUUGGCACUUGUUACGAUGUACGUUUGUUAUCUUGGCUAGACCCCCUGAUCGGCUCAGAUGCGAGGCGGGGGUGCGAUAUGAUACGACUGCUUGCUAUAGGUAUAUAGGUAGCGCGCGCGAAAUGCAGUGCGAGUCGUAUCAUAAAAGGCAUCUCACACAAACUUAUUGGUCCCAUUACCAUGUUGGUACCUUAUGCUACCGCGCGCCAUUCGGGAAAAUAUGUCUGUACUACGUCGUAUAUAGACAUUUUAAUUCAUUCAUAAAGUGGCCGUGAACUUUUGCAGCUGGGGGUGCCUACAAGUAAGGAAAGGGCCAGUCAUAGUAAGUCGACUUACUUAAUCUAUUAUAAUUUCAAGUUUACUAUUUAGGUAAGAAAGAUCAAAUAAAUUUUCAUGGCAGUUUUCGUAAAAUAAUGUUCAUCUAAAGUAAUUUUGAUUUUAGUUACUAAAGCUACAUAUAUUUCAAUUGCUGAGUAGGGAUGCAGAUGUCCAUACCCUUGUUUUAUGUUGAUAAAAAUCUGUUGAUUUGUACUGAGGUUUAUAACGAGUGUUUUGUUAGAUGGAAUAAAUAUUGUGUCAUGUAAAA